AUGUAUUCAACUCUUGACUUGCUACACGUGCUCUCGCUUUGCACGUUAGUGAUAGGUGGAGCGACGGAUGCGCCAACAGCACAGGUGAGGAACGGCACAUACAUUGGCCGUUACUCUGCCGAGUAUGACCAAGACUUCUUCCUUGGCGUGCCAUAUGCGCAGCCUGCGGUUGGGGACCUGCGUUUUCGACAAGCGCAAUCUCUGAAUGACACUUGGGAGGGCGCCCGAGAAGCCUGGAACUACUCGCCAUUGUGCGUCGGCUAUGGUCUCGACCAAACAUUCUACAGCCAGUCAGAAGACUGCCUCACGCUCAACGUGGUACGACCUUCAGGCUACACAGGAAAGUCUCUCCCGGUCGGACUUUGGAUCCAUGGAGGUAGCUUCACCAAUGGGGGCGGUGGAGAUCAGCGCUACAACCUCUCCUUCAUCGUUGACCAGUCUGUCAAGAUUGGAAAGCCAUUCAUCGGCGUCUCCAUCAACUACCGUUUACACGCAUGGGGCUUCUUGAGUUCCAAUGAACUCGCGAGUGAGGGGCUGACCAACACUGGUCUCCGCGACCAGCGUCUCGCACUCCAGUGGGUACAAGAAAACAUCAAAGCUUUCGGGGGCGACAAUACCAAAGUCACCAUAUUUGGAGAAUCGUCUGCAUACGCUGGGAGGAACGACAACCUCUUCCGGGCGGCGAUAAUGCAGUCUGGCAAUCCUAUCUUCUACUCGGCCCAGAAGAAACCGGACGUAUACCAGGCCCAGUUCGACGAGAUCACCGCCAGCACAGGCUGCAACUCCACAGCAAGCCCGGUACAGUGCCUGCAGCAGGUACCUUUCGAACAGCUCAACGCCACUCUGGGCGCGUUGUACUUGGCGCACGGGAACCUCAACCCUGUCAUUGAUGGGGACAUUAUUCAGAACUACGGCAGCGUGCAGCUCCAGCGCGGGGAGUUCGUACGUGUGCCGAUCAUCGUCGGCGCCAACAGUGACGAAGGGGCGGCUUUCGGCCCGCAGGGCAUCAGCACCACGGCAGACUUCAAGGCCACUCUUGCAGGCCUCCCAGCCCAGUUUCAAGACCAGAUACUCGAGGCAUAUCCCGAUGAUCUCUCUGUGAACGUGGUAGCCAGCCUCGGCGACGAGCGGCCGGCUUUGCCAUAUGGGGCCCAGUUCCGCCGGAGCGCGUCGUACUAUGGCGACGUCAACUUCAUAGCCCAACGGCGGCAGACAGCUGCGACGUGGGCUGCUAACGGCCUGUCCGCGUAUUCGUUCCGCUUCAACGCGAUCCCGCACGGCGUGCCGCCUGAGGUUGGCGCGGGCCACUUCAAGAAGAUUGGGUACGUGUUCCGCAACUUCCUUGGCACCGGGUUUAGGCCCGACGUGCUGCCCUUUAAGGGGAUGCCGCAGGGUCACUAUGAGCUGGCGCGGUUGAUGUCGAGCAGCUGGGUCAGUUUUAUCAGUGAUCUUGAUCCAAAUGCCGCGUGGGUAGGCGGGAUGGGAAAUUCGACGGCGUGGUCGAGAUACUCUGUGGACAACCCGACAAACUUCGUGUUCGAUGCCAAUGUCACAAGUCACACGGAAGUGGAUGAUUUCCGAAAAGACGGGAUUGAGCUGAUCAAUGGAAACGCGUUGGAGAUAUACAAUCGGUAG